CUCUCUCUCUCUCUCUCGCUCAAACGAUCGUGUUGCGUUGUUGCGGUCUCUCUGUGUGCGUCCGCAUUCGAAGCCCAAUUCAAAUUUUUUGUUCUCUCUCUCCCUCUCUCUCUCUCUCUCUCUCUCUUUCUCGCUUGAUCUCUCUCUGAGCAGAAAUUGGAAGCUCGAUUCAAAUUUGGGGACGAAUACAUCCUCUUCUCUGAGCAGAAAGUCGACGACUUGUUCCCAGUUCCAGAAAGCACACCGCUUUCGUCUGUUUGUCUUGUGUUUCGUGAAGAAAUUGGAAAAUUGGAGAUGAGGGGUCAAGAUUUGAGGCCCACUGUCUCUUCUCUCAAGCGUCCGCGUUUCCCUGAUUCCGAUUCCGAUGAUGCCGUUACGGUUUUGGGUGAUACGGUCAAGAGGCAGAGGACUCAUGAUUCGGAUGAUGAUCUUUUGGUAAUGGAGGACUCAAUUAGGGAGCUUGAUGAUCUACUUCAUCACGAGGGGUCCUCAAGCAGCACCACCGAAGCAAAUGAUUGCUUGGAUGAUGAUCUGUUAAGAUCCUUAAUUGACGAGUUUGAGCUUCUGCCUGAUUCUGCUGUUGCGGCCUCUGCUGCAGACGAGGCUGCCGUUGUGCCUCGGCUGACUACUCAUCUCGGUCAUCAUCAUCACGAGAUUGAGGAGGGGCCAAGAACCGUGGAUGAAAGAGAGUUGGAUGAUGAGGAGGACUUGAUCACUGAAUUCUUUAAUCAUAUUGGAGGAGAGGAUGAUGAAGAACCCAAUCAAGAUCAUGUACAUGAAGCUACUGAGCCUGAUCACACUACUCUGCUCAUCACCAUCAUCCCGUUCCCUCCUUUUCAAAUCAUUAUUUUGCCAGUUGUGGCUGGAAACAUAGGAAGGCCACGGGCCUCGGUUCUCCAUUUUCUCUUGAUUUGCUUGCUCACCAUCAUCAUCAUCUAGAAGCGGGGCAGGAGGAAGAGGACUUUACACGGAGUAUACACGCCUUGCCUGAAUCAAGUUGUGAAGCUAUUAGCGUCAGCUCAUGUUUUUAUACUACUAGUAGAGUUCAAGAAUUCAGAUGAGAACGGUUACCUUUCAGCUUUUUCUUUCCGACUUCCGGUUUAAUCGUAGUUAGUUUAUUAAUUUUCAGUCUUUUUAUUUACACGGAAGACGUGACAUAGAACCGAGCGCAAUGAUGUUCUAGGAGUCAUAUAGCCGACCCUACUUAGUGGGAAAAGGCUUUGUUGUUGUUAUUGUUGUGGAUAGUUGCUGUGGAUAGAAUAGUUUUCAGUCUGUUAUUUCGUCUAGCUGGUGGUCUUACUCCGUACUUUUGUCAAUCUUGAGGAAAUGUGUAGACAAUAUACGUAUGAAUGUACAUGAAGUUCCCAAUAGUUCUGAUUGCAUUUGCUUUUGUUCU